AAAACCAUUUAGCCUAUUCACUUUUGCUGUCUGCUCGGUGCCAAAAACGGAUCAUCAACCUGUGAAAACGUCCGCUCAGCCUCGACACCGUGUCGUCCUGUCACUGAGUCCGCACACGGUCCGCAACAUCUCCUGGUGACAAAACAGGCCUAAACGCUCAGGCGCUCCUCCUCUUCCAACUGAUACCUUGGUGUAAAUGUUAAAUUGGUAGGCCCGCGCGGGUCCCAGAAGCUGUCUUUGCUCGUAAGUGUCAACGGAGCUACGGCCGUCAUUCAACAGCUAGUCCCCGCCUCCCAUCCCCGGCGGAUGGACUGCUGGACGGUUGGAACCAAUGGCGGAGCUCAAGUGCAGUUACUGGACAGUGGUGGGACGAGCUUGAACUUCGUGUCUUGUCGGAAUCACGGAAAACCCCGAGUAUUUGUCAACUUCAGCUCUCAUAUGUCACCCAUGCAAACCCACUUUCCUCGUCGGACAACACUGCGGGAGUACAACUCAACUUUCAUGUUGUUCCCGUCUAAUUCUGGACUAACUCCUGCUAAGGUCAACCGUAGAGUUGCCAAACAAAAGAUUCAUGUUUAUGAAGCGAGAGAGAUGGGGCCAGAGAGAGAAAGAUUCCCCCGGCAGAGAUAAUUAAAGAAUGGCCGCCCACCCUGAGGGAGUUUUUCCCUACCUGUGUCACCAAGUGCCUGCUCAUGAGAUGACGUCACUCUACAGAAACCUGGCUGUGCUUCUCCUUUUCACCUCGCCUCUCCUCCAUUCCCGCCUCUACACUCACGCUGCCUCCACAUCCCCUCCAGUUACCCGUCCACGGAUCAUAUUCAUGACUGACACAGGCUCAGAUGAUGACUUUGAUGAUGAAGAUGAUGACUACCUUGACAACCACAGCUCUCCUCCUGAAGUGCUGUACCCAGGGAAGACGACCUUUCUCCAGCAGGCACCGGAGCUCUGCCAAUACAACCCCUGUUUGGAGAAUCAGGAGCCCUGCGCCCAACAUUCAGAAAAGACUGGGUGUCUCUGUCCUGGGAUCAGUGGGGCUGAUGAGCCUCCUCACGCACCACGCAUCCAAAUGCUGCUGCCAGUCAGUGAAGGGGAGGACACAGGGAAGAUAGAAGUCCAGUGGUGCGCUCCAUCUUCUGUGGUGUCCGGGUACAGAGUUGUGAUCGAGGGAAGUGAGGGGCAUGACCGGGAGUUUAGGGACGUUUCCCGACGAGGUGUGGUCGGAUUUUUGGAAGUUGGGACUAAGGUCUGUGUGGAGGCGGUGAACAAUGCAGGACACAGCACCCCCUCAGAGUUCUCCUGUAAGCGGUAUGACCCUCCUAAAUCUUCUAACCAUAAUCUGCUGGCCUGGAUCAUAGGAGGAGGAGUCACCCUCCUUCUACUUCUUAUCAUAGCAGCUGUUCUCCUCUGGAAGUAUCAAAUGCAUCAAAAGGCAAAGAAAGAUUCCACUGAUGGACUAGGCAACCCUUCUUACAGCAGAGAGGGAACUCUGUGAUCCAGACAGGUUCAGCCCAGACAAUCUAUCUCGGUCAAACUUAACAUGCCUCUUGAGACAGGGGACACAGCAGUGGUGUAGUCAUGAUCAAAAGCAAAACAGUUCUGGGGUGUUGUUAGGAGUGAUUAUAGAAUAAGAAGUUCUUUACAGUCCUGUUUCAAGGAAUAUGUAAAUAUACAGGGAGAAAUUGGUGUUCAUGGAAUAACACCAACAAAUGGGUAAUGCUAUUAUUUUGUGGUUAGAACUACAGGUUUAUUUGCUGGCAAAUUAACCAUUGUAGGUUUAUUGUAGUGUUUUUUUUUUAUCAUGGCUGAAUUUAAUUGUAAAUAUUAAUAUUUUUUAGGAUAUACUGACUGAAACAUUUGUAAUAAACUAAAACCUAUUUUAAUAAA